AUGUAUGUCGGCAACAUCUAUGUCCCCCCUCAGAAUUACCCCCUGAUUGGGGUAGGGUUCACGUUCACCAUUCUUGGUGUUGUCACUGUCUGCUUGAGGGUGUUCACAAGAGGAUGGCUGAUCAAGCACUUUGGAACUGACGAUGCUCUCAUCGUAUUCUCUGGUCUGAGCUCCAUAGGGUUCCUCGUCGCGGCCAUGGAGCAGGUCCGCUAUGGCCUAAAUCAACCAGCCGAUCCCGACCUCGCCGCCCCCUUCCAGCUGGCCACUUAUGCCAGCAUGACCUGCUACAACAUCUGCCACCUGUUCGUCAAAUUGUCGAUCGCACUGCAGUGCCUGAGGGUCUUUACAACGCCAAUCGCAAGGCGCGUGUUCCUUGGCCUGCUCAUCUACCUCGCGAUAUAUGGCCCGUUCUGCGUACUCAUGUCCGUUUUCACAUGCUGGCCAGUCAAUAAAUACUGGGAAGAUUCUGUAGAAGGGAAAUGCCUCGACCGGGUUACCUUACGCCUUGCCUUUGCAGGAGUCAACAUUUUCAACGACCUUGCCCUUGUGUGUGCACCUUUGCCUUUGCUCAACAGGCUACAAAUGGCGUCUAAGAUGAAAUACAUUUUGAUGGGAGUCUUCGCUGCAGGCGGCGUUGCAUCCGCCGUGGCUAUCGUUCGAUUCUACUCCUUAUGGUCAUUUGGGCAAGUUCCUUUGACUCAACGGCCGUGUAUGAACCCCUUGUCCCUCUUUCGGAGCGAAGAAUCUUUACUCAUCGAUCAUACAGCAAAGGGGAUGGAAAUUGCGCUCUGGUCCUGCUUGGAGAGCAAUCUUACCAUCAUAUGCGCCUGCGUACCGUCUCUCAAUCCGCUCCUCAUCAAGCUUCUCCCUGGUUUCAUCACCUCCUCUGGGAGGUCGAGAUCGCUCGGCCAGGGCUACACUCCGAAUCACAGGACCCCUCUCAGCCGGGCCAAUUCUUCCUGGAGGAGAAGUCGUCGAAAUCCAAACCCCUCCGAUUCAGGGGCUGAAACUGGGCCCAAGGGGAUUCAGGUUGAGCAGUCUUUCGAAUUGGGACACAUUGUCGUUCCUGACGAUGACAGUGAGAAAAAUCUCGUGACGAGCACGGCGACGGCGCAGUACCACUCAGAGAUUUCCAUACAGGCCGGGAAAUCAAAUGCUAGUAGAGGGCUUAAUUAG